GGCGGGAGCCUAGGGGAGGGCGCGGGCCGGAGGAGGGGCGGGCCCGCCCGCGCCGAGCCGAGCGGAGCCAAGCGGCCGGGGCUGGGCGCGACCCGGGCCAGCGUAGGCGCAGGAGCGGGCGGAGCCGAUCGUGGGCUAUGCUGAGGCUGACGGCCGCCGGGGCCCGAGCCAUCGUGGACAUGUCGUACGCCCGUCACUUCCUGGACUUCCAGGGCUCCGCCAUCCCCCGAGCCAUGCAGAAGCUGGUGGUGACCCGGCUGAGCCCUAACUUCCGCGAGGCCGUCACCCUGCGCCGGGACUGCCCAGUGCCUCUCCCCGGGGACGGAGACCUCCUCGUCCGGAACCGAUUCGUUGGUAUUAACGCCUCAGACAUCAACUACUCUGCUGGCCGCUAUGACCCGUCCGUGAAGCCCCCCUUUGACAUAGGUUUUGAAGGGAUUGGUGAGGUGGUGGCCUUAGGUCUGUCUGCUAGCGCCAGGUACACAGUGGGCCAGACUGUGGCUUAUGUGGCUCCGGGCUCGUUUGCUGAGUAUACAGUGGUACCUGCUAACAUUGCCAUUCCCGUGCCUUCAGUGAAACCCGAGUAUCUCACUCUGAUCGUUAGUGGUACCACUGCCUACAUCAGCCUGAAAGAGCUAGGAGCACUGUCAGAGGGGAAGAAGGUUUUGGUGACAGCGGCCGCCGGGGGCACAGGCCAGUUUGCUGUGCAGCUCUCCAAGAUAGCCAAGUGCCAUGUCAUUGGGACCUGCUCGUCGGACGACAAGUUAGCUUUUCUGAAAUCCAUCGGGUGUGAUCGCCCCAUCAACCACAAAGCAGAGGACGUGCAGGCAGUCCUGAAGCGGGAGUACCCUGAUGGUGUUGAUGUAGUCUACGAGUCUGUUGGGGGAGCCAUGUUUGACCUGGCUUUGGAUGCUUUGGCCACCAAAGGGCGUUUGAUAAUAAUUGGGUUCAUCUCUGGCUACCAAAGCCCUGCGGGUCUUUCACCUAUAAAAGCGGGAGCUCUGCCGGCCAAGCUCCUGAAGAAGUCCGCCAGUCUCCAUGGGUUCUUUCUGAACCACUAUUUCUCCAAAUACCAGGCGGCCAUGGGGCACUUGCUGGAGCUGUACACUCGUGGGGACCUGGUCUGUGAGGUGGACUUGGGACACCUGGCUCCAGAGGGAAGGUUCAUUGGCCUGGACUCCAUAUUCCGGGCUGUUGACUACAUGUACACUGGGAAAAAUAUUGGAAAACUUGUGGUUGAAUUACCUCAUUGUGACAGCAGUAAGCUAUGACUGCAGAACAAUGACAAACCAAAAGAGAAAGAAAACGAAUUCUCCAUGCCUUAGAAUAAGCAAAAUGUAUCUUAAAAACAAAAGUAUAGUGUUAAUGAAUUCUGUUCCCCACCUCUCCUUGGGAGUAAAAAUAAUGCACCUCAAUAAAAGUUCUCUCUACAGCUUUGAGGUAAAAAACAUUUACAUUCGGUUCUUUAGUCAUGGAUGGUCUCAUCCCAGAUUUUAUUGUUCCAGGGAAGUAAAUUAAUUCCUGAUGUGAGACCUGAUCGAGUCAGUAUGUCCCCAGCUUGAUGAGAUUUUUUUAAAAUCAGCCUUCAAAUAGCUCACCAAGGCUCCUUUGCUUUGGAAACAGCUGCUCCUAAGUGCUCCACAGGUGAGCAGGUAGUUUGGGUCAGGCUGCCAUUCUCAAGGUCGGUCCAUAUGCUGACGGAGGAGCCCAGAUUAUCUAAAUAGACAUUUGGGAGCCAAGUCCAAAUUCUGGAAAGUAAUUGGGAAAGCGAAUCAGCAAACAUGUAUGUCUUAAUGACGCAUCUACUCUUUGAUGGCUUGAAUUCACACCCUGGUAAGACUGAGUGUGAAGAGCAUGUUCGUUCGUGCCCCAAGAAGAAAUGUCUACAGGAAGCCCUGGGUUUGGGAGGGCAAAGCUACGGUUUAGGGGGCCUUUGUGAAAACUAUUGUGUGCAGAGGAAGGGAAAAUUCUGUGCUAUCUCCUCAGGAGGCUCAUGGAAUCCAGUAACGGGGAUCACAGGAGAGGCUCACUCUAGCAUGGGAAAGGUUAAAGACAACUCCUGUCCCCAAGGAGCAAAAGUCACAUAGUUCCAAACACGGUAGACACCCAAGUCUUCUAAAAUCAACCGUCUGCUUCUCCUUGAAAGCUUGGUGUGGAAGGCUUGACCUCUGACCACGGAAAUGGAAUGGCAGUCAGGUAUCCUGUGUUCCCAUGUUGCUUCUCUGCGUUAGAGAGACAUGAGUGUGAGUCGCUGCAGUCCCGUCUAUCAGCCUACACGCCUUUCUCCUCAGACCGCACCACAGCUCAUCUGCUAGCCCCUCACCUUCGGUGUCCAAGGGCUGCCUGCCACUUUUGUCCCGGAAUCAAAACCCCACGGUGCCUUUCUAAUUGAAGGUGAAGCCUGUGGGAUUAUUUUUCAGUCUUGGGUUUCAGUACAUCAAAUGUGCUCAAUAAAUGGAAAUGCAAUUAAAAGAACUCUGUGAAAGUUGGGGCUAGGUUUAAUUCUUUCCUUGCAUCUGAGGAGGAGCAGAGAGCUCCUGUUUCUGAGUAGCUGUUAGUAUCUAUUUUACAAGAUUUACUCAUUUCCAGGUACCUAAUGUAGCUGCUAGCAUGCAUGCACAACAAUACAAUUUAUAUGGUAAAUGGAACCAAAUAAUGGCUUCACUGAAUGUUAUGGCCGCACUGAAGGGAAAUGUCACGGUAAAUAGCUGCCAAAUUAUGGAUCAUGCCUAUGUGUCACAACUGCACUAAAGACAAAUAGCACUGGAGGCUAUUGCCACUGUGACGCUUUUGAGUUAUGAAGAAGGGUAGCAGCCUAACGCGAGGCUCUUUGUGUCCUCGUCACAGCAAAGGGUUGCUGGCGCAGCGGACGAGGAAGGCUCGUCCAAUGUGGUGCGCAGUUAUUAAUCUGUCCCUUUCAGACCUAGACACUGUGGCAGGAGAGACUAUGCUGGCUCUUCCGUAUACAAACAUAACAAACGGGGAGGGGGAGGCAGGUUUUAUGAAUGUUCGUAUGCUCAGGAAAUGACUGGUAAUGGAAAAAUGUUGUAAUAAAAUAAUCUAAUCAAAGACUAUUAUUAAAUUUAACAUAGUAUGUGUCUGAAA